AUGGAGAAACUCAACAAUGAAAGUUACGGUAGAUUCCAGUGGCACCACAGACCACCUAGCGGAGUUACUCUUUCCUCAGAUAGUGACUCUGGCGAUCAUAUAGAUGCUGACGGCGCCAUCUCUGAAGACGAUUACCUUUAUCCUGACGUAGUCACGCAUCCAGCAGCUACCACAUGGAUUGGUAAGGGAAGAAUAUUCCCGGCUACUGCAGUGGAAAUUCCGGAUGACCUGGAGUCACUUUACGAUGCGACUAUGGCCGUUCCCAACGAGAUACGCGCAGCUGUGCUUCCUGACCCCCAUCUUCCAGUCUCCUGUUUCCUUGAGUUUCAGCUGCCAAGGAUCUCGUUGAAAGACGCUGAGGAGCAGGCCGAGUCUUAUUUUCAAACUACACCUGCACGAUUCAACCUGAUGGCGCUGAAAUCGCAAGAUCUUCCUCCCAAGCAGUUUGUUGAUGAUGCAUACCGGGCCGUCGGUCAAGCUCUUUUGGAUGGGAAGCUUUCGAUACACGAUCCGUACCAUGCGUCCCAACCGUUACCUCUCUGGGUCAUCACAUUGUGGAAGGAGCUGCAUGGCGCGCAUAGGGUCAAACCCGCUUGGAUGAACGGAAACAGCUGGUUACAAAACCGGAUAGAAGAAGGUGGCCCAGAUACGGCGAUAUUUCUUAGGGCGCAAAGGCACCUGGCCCUUCUCUCCUGGGACCGGCUGCUUGUUGGCUCAGCUGCUUCCGGCUCGAUAACUACCGCGGUUCUUGCAGGUUUCUUAUCCAGUAGCACUUGGAUGUCGGGUACCUUGAUGGACUCAAUGUCAGCCUGUAUGGCCUCUCGGAUCUGCGACACGAGUCUUGUAAUCCCCCAAGCCCUCAUCGUCGAUACGACUUUCAUGUUGGAAAUUAAUAGGGCGAAGGAUGCCUCAUACUUCAAGGGGAAAGUGAGCCGGUCGCUGCGGGAGCUUGAGAAAAGUCUGGAGAUGCCGAAGAUCCUUUAUGCCCCCGUUUUUCUCAACGAACAGAUGCAUUGGAUCUCACUUGCGAUUGAUUUCACCACUAGAUCCUUCUGCUGCGGGGACUCCUAUGCUGACGAGGACUCUACUAUCCCAAAGCCUCUUGUUCGAAAGCUGCAGUGGUGGCUCACAGCACGUUUCGCCGGUCCAUUCGUCAAUCGUGGGCUCACCUUGCCCCACGCGAAGCAGGGUGACUCGUCCUCGUGUGGCAUAUUUGCUAUCAAUGCCAUCGAGCAUGCCGUCUUCAAGCAGCCAUUGUGUGGCCCCAACGCUGCCGUCGAGCGUGCUAGGUGGUUCUGCUUGACAUCCAGCAGCCAGUGCCACGAUCGAGUGGAGCCCAGUCCGGCCCUGUCAACGACAUUACCGCAAGCUGAGUAUGCAAGACUCGAGCGGGAGCGUGCAGAGCGCCGGAGGGCAGACCGGGAGAUAUUAGAGCGGUCAUCUUUUGAGUGCGAUGAUGCUGCGUCCCAGCAAUCAGCACGCAGGAAGUUGAUAGGUACGCUUGAGGCUAUGCUACAUAUGAGCAGGAGGGUAGACAAUGAGAGGAAGAGGUCAGGGCACAAAAAGGUGGUACAGGUGCAAGCAGAUUUGGAACGGUCCGAGCAAGGAGGGGCUGAGAAUGAAAAGGCAGAGCUUCGAGAGGCUGGACAGGAGCAAGGGGAUUUGGAACGGGCUGAGCAUGAAAAGGAGGAGCGCGAAGAGGCAAUACAGGGGCAAGCCAAUUGGAAACGGGCUGAGCAGGGGAGGGCCACGCACGAAAAGGUAGAGUGCGAAGAGGCGUGGCGGGGGCAAGCAGCGGGCAAGCAGCGGGCAGAGCAUGAGCGCAACAACAUGAGGCCCGCAGAGGUUGAGCUGAAACAGGCUGAGCAAGGGAAAGGUCAGCGCGAAAGGACAGAGUCGGGUGAUAUGGUUGUGGAGGCCUCCUGCAAGCAGGUGAACGCUGAAUUGCCUCCCGUUCUUGGCACAUCACGGCAGGCCUCGCCUACUGUAUCGCUUACAUCGGUCCCAAGUAGUUGGACCAUCGACAGGUUGAAUAAUUCACCUGAGAUUGACAACAGCAUGACUCGCUGGGUUAUCGGGCAAUUUAACCGCCCCUUUGUACGGUUCAACUCAGACUUACGUGUACCAACGAUCCAGCCCCCUUUGAACCUUCCGUUUGUCUCCAAAGGGCGCUUGGAUGUUUCGAAGAGGACUGAGGUAAGGCUUCGCCUGUGGCGAGCUCAAUACCCAAAUGUGCCCGUCUGGUUUUUAGCCUUUCGCUGCCUCUCUCGUGGACUUGACUGGAGGGUGUUCCUCAGCAUUUCUGACUUGGCUGCCCACCAUCGCAGCCCCGCCCUACCCCGCCCUGCCUAUCUCGACGUAAUGCCCCGCGGUCUUACUGAAAACGGUAACGCCGUUGACGCGUACGUGCGUCAAGUCAGGCGGCUUCUUGGCUACCCACAUGCUCGACGUUUUCUUACCAUGGGCGGCCUUGUGUGGCGUAUCGCAUUGCACUAUGGGCCACCAGACCUUUUUUCAGCAGCUCUGUCGCCCCCAUCCACCGAUGCCACUCUGCAUCUCCAUUUCGACAGAUUUGGCUCAGACAUCGACGACAGGGUCACAGAUGGUGAGAUAGAUCUCCUGCUAGGGAUCACUGAUCGCGGUAGCCUCUGGCCUACCCCCGACCUAUGGUGGAGGUGGCAGAAGUGGCAAGGAGAAUGGUCUGAAGACCUCGAGCGCUGGUUUCAAGAGCGUAUUGCGGUGAUGACGUCUCGCCCUCGGUCUGCCCUUCUUACCCAUGCACGAUGGAAGUCUUCCAUUAGACGACAUACUCAAGUCGCGCUGGAGGACCCUUCCACAGUGGGUACCGAAGCACACGCAGCUUGGCUUUGCACCGAGAUCACCCGCCUAUAUCCAUCUACAGAGACCUACACGGCUUUACAAUAG